GAUGAGACGCGUAGUAUAUAUUGUACCGGGAGUGUCACUGCGUCCUCAGUCAGCUCCUGAUCUCGGGGGCAGCAACCAGUGAUUUAGCCUCCCAUAUCCAUCUGUAUAUAACACCAAGUUCACCAUCAUAUAUUAUAUCCAACGCCUUAACAGACAAGACAAGAUGAAGUGGUUGUUGGUACUGGUGGGCUUCUUGGCGGCGGUGAGUGGUGGCGUCAUCCCCCCUCGGUGCUUCUCAGAGGACAACUUAUCCCAAGGCUUCAACACUGACCUCUCCGGCAUCGUGGACUUCAGUUUUGAUCUCUACAGAGAAGCUUCCACCCUCACCAACGCAGAAAACUUCUUCUUUUCGCCAUAUAGCAUCUGGACGGCGCUUGUUCUCGCCUACUUCGGUUCAGCUGGCAAUACAAAAGCCGAACUUCAAGACGUGCUCAGGAUUACUGACAAGCCGGCAACACUCGCACUUUGGCGCGCACUUGAAAUGCUAUACGAAAACAGGGCUGGCAACACCUCAGAAUACACCUUCAACAUUGCCAACCGCAUAUAUUUCGACCAAACCCUGCGAGUACGACCGUGUGUGUCUACCAUCCUCCAUAACGAAGUGGAGACUGUCAAUUUUAAGGACUUGACAGGUUCGGCUGCACAGAUCAAUGACUUCGUAUCAAACACCACCAAGAGCCUGAUCCCCACCAUCGUGUCACCCAUUGACAUGCUGGAUGCAUUGAUGGUGCUGGUCAACGCUGCUUACUUCAAGGGCACAUGGCAAUACCAGUUCAAACCCUCAAAUACCAGGCAGAGCAAAUUUUUCAUUACCCCGGGCAAUUCUGUCGACGUACCUAUGAUGUCUCUCAGAACGGAACUUAGGCAUGGACACUCCAAGGACCUGUCUGCCAAUGUCCUAGAACUUCCAUAUGCAGGCAAUGACCUGUCAAUGUUGUUGCUGCUGCCAGAUGUGGAAGGUGAAGAAGGUUUUUCUGCCAUGGUAUCAGCACUCACCGCCUCCUCCCUCAGUCGAGCCAUCACCAAGAGGAGUAUGGAAAAUUCUGAGGUCUUCCUUACCCUACCCAAGUUCAAGGUGGAGCUAGAACUAAAGAAGGAACUCAUAGAGGCUCUUCAGAACCUUGGCAUCAAUGACCUCUUCAACGACACCACGAGUAACCUGACUGACUUCGUGAAUAAACCAGGGCUCGCCAUCACCAAAAGCAUACACAAGGCGUUCAUGGAGGUGUCUGAAGAAGGCACCGAAGCAGCAGCAGCGACGGGCUUCAUUGCCUAUACAAGAUCAAGUUUUGGGAGUGUUCCAAAAACAUUCUCCUGCAACAGGCCUUUUGUGUUUUUGAUUCAUGACAACAACACCAAAAACGUCAUAUUUAUGGGAGCUUAUAAAAGUCCAGUACCCUGAAGAGGACUUGUUAAGGUAGAUGCAUUGUAUAGAGAUGAAGAACUGGAAAGAAAGAGAAUGAGAGAGACAAAAGUGAUGUGAUAUAUAUAUAUAUAUAUAUAUAUAUAUAUAUAUAUAUAUAUAUAUAUAUAUAUAUAUAUAUAUAUAUAUAUAUAUAUAUAUAUAUAUAUAUAUAUAUAUAUAUAUAUAUAUAUAUAUACAGUAUAUAUAUAUAUAUAUGUUGUGUUUUCAAAAAGCAUAAAUUGUAACACAAACUUAAUUAGAAAAAAUAUACAUAUACAAACCGAAAGAAAUUGAAAUGAAGACCAAUAAGACUAUGUAUACUGUUUAUAUAUAUUGAGAUGCCCAGACAUAGAUAGAUGAAGAGAAAUAAAUAUAAUUUAUGUAGGCAAGUGAAAUGUGUAACGGUAAUUCAUUCUGGAUUCUUUUAAAAAUCCUUCACUUUUUGUAGAGACAUAGGAGGUAGGUAGUUUGGUUAAACAAUGGAAUGUAUACAGUGCCUAUAAAAACAUACAUUAUAACAAGUAGUAUACAGAUAGAUGGAAAAAUUGUGUGUAUAAGAGAUAGUAUAUAGUGUAUAAAUACAUCAGUUUUCCCAA